UAGUGCAUUUCUUGAACUAACAACAGUUGAACGCAGCGCUUGCGUUGCUAACUAUUUUAUUUUUGUGUUUAUUUAUGGCAAACGGCAGAUAAAAGCAAUAUAUUUACGUGCUAAACUGUAAAAGAGUGUUUGAUGAGCGUAUGUGCUGAGUAGAACCUUUAAAUAUUAAAGUUUGCAUCCAUUAUUUAAUGCGCCAACGAGACAGCAACAAGUGGUGUCACCACGAAAAUAAGCAGCGGAAUACCAAAAAGUAAAAAAAUGUCAAGGCACGAGAAAUCAAAGUCAACGGGCGGAGGCCUGUUGGAAAGUUGGUUCGGUCGACCCUCCAAAUCGAAGGGCAGCGGCAAUUACAACAGCAACAGUCUGCCCCAUGGCGGUCAUCGACCCGCCUCCACGGACAACGAUGGCGGCUUCAGUGUUGAUGAAUUGGAGCGUACAAUCCACGAGCUAAGCGAAGCUCAGGUGAAUGCAAAAUUUCUGGAAAUACUCGAGGAUAUGAACAUACCGAAGGAUAAGCGAGAACCUCUGCUUAGCAAAUCGAUAACGGAGCGCCAGAAGAUGAUAUUCAUGCAUAUGAAAGGCAAGAACCCAGCGGAGCGCAGCGCAAAUUCCCGCUUCGAAAAGCCCAUCGACUACAUCGAGUAUCUGCAGAAUGGCGAACACAGCGAGCACAAGGUUUAUCAGUGCGUGGAGUCGUUGCGCGUGGCGUUGACCAGCAACACAAUCUCCUGGAUCAAGGAAUUCGGCGAGGCGGGCAUCGAACAGAUCGAGAAACUGUUGACGCGUGCGAAAAAGGAUCGCAGCUAUGAGCGCAUCGAGUUCGAGGCCAUACGCUGCCUCAAGGCGAUCAUGAACAACACAUGGGGACUGAAUGUGGUGCUGACACCAGAUCAGCACAGUGUGGUGUUGCUCCUGGCCCAAUCCCUCGAUCCGCGCAAGCCACAAACGAUGUGCGAAGCGAUCAAGCUGCUAGCCUCCUUUUGUCUGGUGUACGAACGCAAUGGCUACGAGAAAGUGCUGCGUGCUAUCACGACGGUGGCGGCAGCGUCGUACAAGUCGAGUGAACGCUUCAGACCGAUUGUGGAUGCACUGUUCAUAUCGGAUAAGCUCGAUCCAAAGCGCGAGUUGGUCUGCCACAGUUUAAUCUUUAUCAAUACGCUAACGAAUCCGCCAACGGAUCUCAAUUUCCGUCUGCAUCUGCGUUGUGAGAUUAUGCGCAUGGGACUGUACGAUAGAUUGGAUGAGUUCACGGAUAUUGUGAAUGGCAGCAAUAAUGAGGAUCUGCAGAAGCAUUUCAAGAUCUUCAAGGACAUACGCGACGAUGACUUUGAGGAGUUUGUGCAAAACUUUGAUAAUGUCACCUUUAACAUGGACGAUCCCAAGGAUUGCUUCGAUGUGCUGCACAAUCUCGUAAUGGACACCACAUCCGAACCAUACUUCCUCUCGAUUCUACAGCAUUUGCUGUACAUACGAGAUGAUUACUACUUUCGUCCCGCCUACUAUCAGCUGAUUGAGGAGUGCAUAGCACAGAUUGUCUUCCACAAAGGCUAUUGUGAUCCGAACUUUGAGAAUCGCAAUUUCAACAUCGACACUUCGGUGCUGCUCGACGACAUUGUGGAGAAAGCCAAGGCCAAAGAGACGCAACGUGCCGAGGAGUACGAGAAGAAGAUUGAGGCGUUGGAGAGCGCCAAACAGGAGGCGGAAGCAAAGGCCGCCCAUCUCGAGGAGAAGGUCAAGCUAAUGGAGGCAAACGGUGUGGCAGCGCCAUCACCCAAUAAACUACCCAAACUCAAUAUACCAAUGCCACCACCACCACCAGGCGGAGGCCCUGCGCCACCACCUCCACCGCCCAUGCCCGGAAUGGCGGGUCCAAGACCACCGCCACCGCCACCAAUGCCCGGCAUGGGUGGACCACGUCCACCACCGCCACCUCCAAUGCCUGGCAUGGGUGGGCCACCGCCGCCGCCAAUGCCGGGCAUGAUGCGGCCAGGCGGUCCGCCGCCACCGCCCAUGAUGAUGCCCAUGAUGCCAAUGGUGCCGGUGCUGCCUCAUGGCCUCAAGCCCAAGAAGAAGUGGGACACCAAGAAUCCAAUGAAACGUGCCAAUUGGAAAGCGAUUGCGCCAGCCAAGAUGUCCGAGAAUGCGUUCUGGGUGAAGUGUCAAGAAGAUAAGCUUGCCUCUGAUGAUUUCCUUGAAGAGCUGGCCCUUAAAUUCUCAUCGAAACCCGUGAAGAAGGAGCAAAAAGAUUCGGUGGAUAAACCGGCAGCGGUGGCCAAGAAGAGCAUUGAUCUACGAGUGCUUGAUGGCAAGUCAGCACAGAAUCUGGCCAUUCUACUGGGUGGCUCGCUGAAGCAUCUGUCGUAUGAGCAAAUCAAGAUUUGUCUGCUUCGCUGUGAUACCGCCAUACUGUCCUCCAACAUACUGCAGAAUCUGAUACAAUAUCUUCCACCGCCCGAGCAGCUGAAGCGUCUGCAGGAGAUCAAGACAAAGGGCGAACCAUUGCCGCCAAUUGAACAGUUUGCAGCGACCAUAGGUGAAAUCAAACGCUUGUCGCCGCGCCUGCACAAUCUCAACUUUAAGCUGACGUACGCGGACAUGGUGCAGGAUAUCAAGCCGGAUAUUGUAGCGGGCACAGCGGCCUGCGAGGAGAUACGUAAUAGCAAGAAAUUCUCCAAUAUAUUGGAGAUCAUUCUGCUGCUAGGCAACUACAUGAACACUGGCUCCAAAAAUGAGGCGGCGUUUGGCUUUGAGAUAUCGUACUUGACGAAGCUGACCAACACCAAGGACACGGAUAACAAGCAAACCUUGCUGCAUUAUUUGGUCGAGUUGGUGGAGAAGAAAUUCCCCGAUUCACUCAAUUUCUAUGACGAUUUAUCGCAUGUGGACAAGGCGUCGCGUGUUAAUAUGGAUGCCAUACAAAAGGCCAUGCGGCAAAUGAAUUCGGCGGUCAAGAAUCUGGAAACGGAUCUGCAAAACAACAAGGUGCCGCAAUGCGAUGAUGAUAAAUUCAGCGAGGUGAUGGGCAAGUUUGCCGUCGACUGUCGCCAGCAGGUGGAUGUUUUGGGCAAAAUGCAGGUGCAAAUGGAGAAGUUGUUCAAGGACUUAAGCGAGUACUAUGCUUUUGAUCCAAGUAAAUACACCAUGGAGGAGUUCUUUGCGGAUAUCAAGACCUUCAAGGAUGCCUUCAAAUCGGCGUACAACGACAAUGUACGCGUGCGCGAAGAGCUGGAGAAGAAGUUACGCAUGCAAGAGGCACGCGAGCAAUCGCAGCGUGAGCAAAUGGAGCGACAACAACGCAAAAUGGCUGUGGUCGACAUGGAUGCCGCACAGGCACAGGAAGGUGUUAUGGACAGUCUGCUGGAGGCGUUGCAAACGGGCUCCGCCUUCGGUCAACGAACACGACAGCCGCGUCGCCAACGACCCGCUGGUGCCGAAAGACGCGCCCAAUUGAGUCGCAGUCGAUCGCGAACGAGGGUGAACAAUGGCCAGCUAAUGACACGAGAAAUGAUACUAAACGAGGUGCUUGGUUCGGCGUAGUGUGUGGGGCAAGUUCUCUCCUGUGUUGUAUAUAUAUAUAAAUAUCUAGAUAGAUAUCCUUUAAGUGCUUAGACAUUAGCAAUGGUAACUGUAGCCUUGUUUAUACACUACUCUAUAGUCUACGAGUAUCAAAUCGUCAACUGCAACUAACUGAAGCUACUUCGAGACACUGAGACAAUCAUGGAUACUGACUAUGCCACAUGAGCGCCAAUUAUCACUAGGCAAAUAUCCGACAAAUGAAUGAUUUAUACAAGUAUAUAUUUUUGAUAAACUUUUUUGAAGAAUGAAUGUUCAAAAUACGCUACUCUUAGACAGCUCUUUAGAUUGCUUUAAUUUUUGUUGCAUGUCACUUCGUUUUCGGAGCACCAAAUGAACGAGAUCUUAAAGAUAGAAUUCCUUUUGUAUUUAAUUUGAUUUUAAGCCACAUUUUAAUUUAACCAAUUGCUGCGUUCUCUCAUUUUUAACUUGUUUUCCUACUACUGUAAUACUUAUAACGAUUUGUUAAUUUAUCUAUUUUCGGACAAUGACCAAUGUAUUUAAAUAAUUUUUUUAUUAUACUUGAGCAAUUAAACUAAUUAUUUGAAAAUCAAAACUGCAUAGCUAUGUAAUUUUAUUUUUGGAAUAAAAUUCCCGAAGCUAAUGAUGAAAAUUGUGAAAAUAAAUUUAAAUAAUAUAUAAUUGAGAAUUUUUCCUUUUUUUCCAUGAUGAGAAGAUAAGGAAAUCAAAUAAAGCGAAAUGUA